CCUGGUUAGUCGUUACUCAUCGUUCGAGGCGGUUACAACUAAGACAGCCAGAUUAGCCAAGCAAAAUGCUGGACGCGGAAGUGCGAGAACUUAUGCAACCCUUUGUGCUGAGUGACUACCAGGUGCAGGAGGUUUACAGUCGCUUUUGCCUGGAGGUGGCCCGUGGUCUUAAGCGAUCCACGCAUCCACAGGCCAAUGUCAAGUGCUUUCCCACGUACGUACAGGAUCUGCCCACGGGUGAUGAGAUGGGCAAGUACCUAGCCCUGGAUCUUGGCGGCACCAACUUCCGGGUGUUGCUUGUCUCCCUAAAAGGUCAUCACGACGCCACAGUGGAUUCUCAAAUCUACGCCGUGCCCAAGGACCUGAUGGUGGGUCCAGGAGAAGAGCUUUUUGAUCACAUCGCCGGCUGCUUAGCAAAGUUUGUGGAAAAACAUGAUAUGAAAACCGCCUACUUGCCCCUGGGAUUCACCUUUUCUUUUCCCUGCGUGCAGCUGGGUCUUAAGGAGGGUAUCCUGGUGCGUUGGACAAAGGGCUUUGAUUGUCCUGGAGUGGAGGGCGAGGAUGUAGGACGCAUGUUGCACGAGGCCAUUCAGAGGCGCGGAGAUGCAGACAUUGCUGUGGUAGCCAUACUCAACGAUACCACUGGAACCCUCAUGUCCUGCGCUCAUCGCAAUGCGGACUGCCGGGUAGGCGUGAUAGUGGGCACCGGGUGCAACGCCUGCUACGUAGAGGAUGUCGAGAAUGUAGAUCUGCUCAACGCGGAUUUUAAGAAAACAAAGCGGCAGGUUAUUGUGAAUGCAGAGUGGGGCGCUUUUGGAGAGGGUGGGCAGUUGGAUUUUGUGCGUACUGAGUAUGAUCGCGAAGUGGACGAAAAGUCCAUUAACAGAGCAGAGCAGCUGUUCGAGAAAAUGACAGCAGGAAUGUACCUGGGAAACCUGGUGCGACUAGUUCUGCUGCGUGCCCUCGAGCGCAAACUGAUCUUCAAACAGAGCAGCAGGCGACCGGAAUUUGCUAACGUCCUGCAGAAGAACGAGGAAGUUUUUGAGACGCGCUAUAUAUCCGAGAUCGAGGACGACUCGUUCCCAGAGUUCGCUAGCACCAGAAAGAUAGUUAAGCAGCUGUUUGGCAUAGAAAAGGCUUCCGUAGAGGACUGCCAGACUCUAAGGUACAUUUGCGAGUGCGUUGCCAAACGUGCAGCCACUUUGGUGGCCAUCGGAGUAAGUGGACUGGUCAAUAGGACUUCCAACCGUCGUGUGAUAGUCGGCAUGGAUGGUUCUGUCUACAGAUAUCAUCCAAAGUUUGAUGCCUACAUGAGACAGACCCUUCAAAAGCUAGUAAAAGCGGAUAAGGAAUGGGAUAUUAUGCUAUCGGAGGACGGAUCAGGGCGUGGAGCUGCGCUGGUGGCCGCUGUGGCCAGCAAAUCGAAGUAGGAACUCACUACUAUUGUAGCAAUAAUAUAAAGACUCGUCGAAAUAAAGAAACUCUUGACUCACAA